AUGGUUAUAAUUAAUCAGUGUCUUGCAGGAGCUUCAGAAGAAGCUAAAGCAAUACUUCCAAAACUUGAAUCUUUGGCUACAAGUAUUCGAAGAAAACGAAAAUCACAAGGAAUGAGUAUGGAAAUUAAUGUUGACGAAGAGGAUUUUAAUUUAGAAAAAAAUAAAAAAAAUAUUUUGCUUGAUACGGGAAUUGGGGACAUUAACAGAGUAAUUGUUUACGGAACUAAUUUAAAUAUUGCCCGUCUUUCAAAUUGUGAUACUUGGCUAGCUGAAAAUAUCCAAACAAAUUUUGAUACUUUUCCCCAACUUUGGAUUAUUUUUGGAUUUUAUAGGUAA